AUCGCGCCCAUGAUCGCGCUUUAGUACUUGUAGAUAUUUUGCUGGUGUGAGCAAACACACCGCAGGGUUUGAAUGCCGCCACUUUAGCGCUUAGCUUUGCGACAUUUGUGCUUUAGUUGGUUGUCGUAGCUGCUUCAAAUCGGACGGUUAUUUCGGUGGUUAACCCGCUCAUUGAUGUAUAAUGCGAUAGAGGCAUAUUUGAAACUUUGUAAUCGUCCAACAAAUCGCUCGUUCAGAGCAAGAGAGUUCAUGAAGUAAAUGUGUCAGACUUGAACUUCAUCAGUGUAGAAAACAGCUGUGCGCCGUGUGCCGUCAUCUGAUGUUUAUUUUAGUACAAAAACGAGUUUUCGAGUCUAUUUUUGAUCAUUCGCAGUGCUGCUCAAGUCCAUACCACACUCGUGCAAGCAAGUCUGCAUGCAUUUUGUGUCAGUUUAGCAGUUAUUUGCUUGUUUGGUGCAUAAUUCCGUUUUUGUAAGCUUUAAAAGACGUGUCUGGAAAAGUGGUGCGACCAGUUCUCGACUUGCCGCAUAGUCUUUAUUACGCGUACCAGUGCAGCUGCUACGGAAGAGUGAUCGUGCAGACUAGUUUUGUGGAUUGCAAUACUGCAUUUAUUCUCGAUUGACGUAAUUUAUUGAAAUUACUAUAAAUUUCAUUUGCAACCGGAAGCAGAAAGUGUUGAGAAUUAUUCCUUUUAUUUUAUAUGUAUAAAAGCGUAGUUUUUCAUCUGCCACCAUAACAGCAUGGCGGAACUGAAAGCGGCCAAACCAGAGGAAUUGGUGUCGUUGACUACGAAGAAUGGAAAAUUGCCACAAAUCGUUUCAGACCUGAAUAGGCCAGCCCAACAUAUACCGCUCGGCGAACAGAGUCGUGCAGUGCGACGCCAAGGAUUCAUGGUUUUAUUGGGCAAUAUUGGGCUCCUCUCGGCCGGCAUGGCUUUGGGCAUGCCAACGGUCACCAUGCGUCAGCUGACUGAUCCCAAUGAGAGUGUCCAUCUCAGCGAGUCGCAGGCGUCGUGGUUUGCUUCGAUCAACACACUUUCCUGUCCACUAGGUGGUCUACUCUCUGGUAUUCUGUUGGACAAAAUGGGUCGCAAAAAUACUCUCGUUGUAUUGAAUGUGAUUGCGCUGGUUGCUUGGGCGUUGAUGGCUUCAGCGGUGGAAAGUAACACCGAUGUGGUUUUUAUACAGUUGCUGGUGUCGCGAUUUUGUAUUGGUAUUGCCAUGGGCAUUGCAAGUGCGCCGGUUGGCGUCUACUCCGCCGAAAUCAGUUUGCCGCGCAUACGUGGACGACUCAUUCUUGGCACCUCGGUAUCGAUUGCUGCGGGCAUUAUGGUAAUCUAUUUGGUUGGCUAUUUCAUACGCAAUGACUGGCAACUAAUUGCAAUGCUUUGUUGUGCCUAUCAAAUCGUGGCAAUGCUCUGCGUAAUUCCUAUGCCUGAGUCACCCAGUUGGCUGGUGUCCAAAGGGCGUUAUGAAGAGGCAAAACGGGCGCUAAACUACUUUCGUGGCUUGGAAAAAUCAAGUGAAAUUACACAUCCCGAGGUCCAGGCCGAAUUCAAUUUGCUACAGAAGUCUAUACAGCUGGGUGAGGGUGUGAAGAAAACACCAUUCUUGAAGUGCAUUCGUGAACCUGAAGUGUACAAGCCGCUGCUGAUACUAAUGGGUCUCUUCGCCUUCCAACAGUUGACGGGCAUCUUCGUCGUUGUCGUUUAUGCUGUGCAGAUAUCGCAAGAUGCUGGCGUCACCAUAGAUCCAUUUAUGUGCGCUGUACUGAUCGGCAUUGGGCGCGUGGGCACCACAGUUCUAUUGGGUACUAUAUUCGAGAGAUGGGGACGCCGUCGUUCGGGUAUGGUGUCGGCGUUCGGCAUGUGCCUCUGCAUGUUUCUGCUGGCCACUCACAAUUGGAAUUCGUGGCUACAAAGCAUACCAUAUCUACCGGUCAUAGCCAUAAUUGCUUUCAUCGUUUUGAGUACGUUUGGGCUCUACACGCUGCCAUUCUUCAUGAUAUCCGAACUGUUCCCACAGAAAGUGCGUGGCGCUGCUUCCGGACUGACAGUGGCCGUGGGCAUGUGCUUUGCCUUUAUUUGCAUCAAAACAUAUCCCUCGUUGCGCGGCGCUUGGGGCAAUGAGUAUUGCUUUGUGAGCUAUGGCAUUAUGGCAUUUUUGGCGGCGAUCUAUGUUUACACAGUGCUGCCGGAGACGCGUGGACGCACGCUGCUCGCCAUUGAAGAUCAGUUCCGCACUGGCGUCAAAUCGCAGCGAUAUCAAGCGACUGCUGUGGAGAUGCAGGAAGUAACGGUCAAAUAAGUUUAUCGCGCGCUAAAGUGCAUUAAUGAGCGAAUGCAUUUUUGUAGAUUAGGAAGUGAAAGUUGAUUAUAGCGAAAGCGUUUGCGGUAGAGUAGCGGCGUGCUACCAGUGCUGCCUAUUUAGUAAAUUAAAAAUAUUAACAUUUUAUUUUGUACAAAAAACAAAAACAAGAAAAAGAACCCAACUACUUUUAAAACAAAUAACAACUUAAUCGUGUAAAUUAAACUGUGAUAGGUAAAUUCCCAUGUAAAGAAUUUUGUCUUAUUUAGUAGUAAAUAUUUUUAUAAUGAACUCACAAUUAAGCAUCAAAUAUACUCGUACGAAAACAUUUAA